CGAGCCAAAUGGCAUCAAAGAACUUUGAAAUCAGCAACUAGCAGAAUGAAAGCCGCUCUAGCCCUGUCCACACUCCUGGCGAUCCUGGCCCUGGCCUGCGGCUUCCUCACUGGCAGCACCAGCAACAGCAACACUGGGGCCAAGGUCUGUGUGCUGAGGAAUUGCAGCUGGAACUCCACGACAAAUGCUUGUGGCCGCUACGGUAGCUCCAAUCUGUGCAACCGUUUCAAGAACAGCUGCGUCCUGCGCUACCAGUCGUGUGUCAGCUCCACCGCUUACACGGCCGUCAGCCUGUCCAGGUGCUCGGGAAUCAGUCUGAAUAGUCGGGGAAUCUGCAGCAGCUCAUCCUCCUCCUUCUCAUCCUCCUCCAGCUCGACUUCAAAUGUUAUUCCCAUCAUCAUACGCCGAGGUUGAAUCUUGUUUAGUGAAUAAACUUUUUAAAAU